AUGGGCACUGCAAACCAACGAAACCGAUUGAAGAGUAUAUGCUGCAGAGCGUCAACUAGGUGCCCUCACCAACCCAUACUGAUCGAGUGGAAGACUGGACAGCAGGAGAUCAGAAAUGGUCGUUGCAACUCUCCAGAUCCUCCUCAAUUCCUCAUUGAAAGCAACUUCCACGGACCUCUGAUUUCACGCAGUCAAGUCAGCAUUGAAAGACUACUGGGAGACGAGGUCAUGCAGUGUGAUCACGACCUGAAUGGAACAUGCGUCAACCAUAUUCGAGACUUUGGUGAGGUUAUUAUGGAACAGGAAGACACAAUUUGCUUUGACCAUAUUAAAGCUCGGAAACGAGACCAAGAGAAGACGACACAGCACGUCAACAUGCCGUCUCAGUGUUACACUUCCACUGAUGGUAGGGCCAGGAUUAUGGAAGCACUGCAGCACCGCAUUGCCACAAUACAGAUCACAGGAGUGUACACUUGGUUCUCAAGUGUAAUUCCGGUGGAGGAAUGGGACGACUCGCGUGAAUGUCAAAAAUAA